AUGACAAUCAUAGAACGCUUCCACAAUGUUCGGUCAUCAGAUCAUUUCGUUUUAGUGGCAAUGUGUUUUGCUAUUUUCACUGAUACUUUUAUCUAUGGAAUGUGGACAGCCAUACUUCUCGCAGCUUAUGGCGCUGCACUAUUGAUAGGAUCCCCUAUAAUUGGCUUCGUGAGUGAUCGCAUCCAUUCACGGAGAUCUCCUCUGCUCUUUGGGUAUCUGACGAUCGCCGCCUCAACUUCUAUAUUUAUGUUUGGACAUUCAGUUUCCGUUUUUAUCCUUGCAAGGGUAUGUCAAGGGCUCUCGGGUGCAGUAAUUGGGGUUCUUGGUCUCGCUAUGAUUGCAGACAGAGCUCAUUCAGAGACUUUGGGAGAGUUCAUGGCAUACGGAUCUCUUUCGUUCACGUGGGGAAUGCUAACAGGACCUGUUUUUGGUGGACUGUUGUUCGAUCACUUUGGCAUUGCCGGUGCAUUUGGGCUCCCGAUAGCAAUGUUGGCCAUCGAUAUUAUCCUUCGGGUAUUGAUGAUCGAAAAACGCAGCGCGAUCGUGGAGAGUCCACGGCAAACAGAAGCUUCAAUUAUAUCAGAGGCAGGGGAAGAAAGCCCCUUGCUUGGAUCUCGGGCGCAUUCUUGUGCACCCUCUCUCGCUUUCCGACACUUUUUUGAUACUCGCCUUAUGAUAGCCAUUCUUGUCGAGGUUACGAUCUCCUCCAUUUUUUCGGCAUUUGAGGCAACUUUGCCUUUGUUUACCAUAGAAACCUACCAAUGGGCUCCGACGAAUGCAGGACUCGUGUUUCUAGGAUUGACCCUCCCUAGCUUCUUCAGCAUACCUCUGGCCAAAUACACCAGAAAUCGCGGAUGGGAUCGCCGAAAAAUCGUCGCCACCGAGCUUAUAUUUUCUUCGCUUCCUAUGGCAGGCCUCAAAUGGGCGGAAGGAAAUACACUACAGCAUCAAAUCCUGUUCAUUUCACUGGUAUCCUUCGUGGGUCUGUUCAUGACUACCUCCCAGGCACAAACCAUGGCUGAAGUGUCGGAUUCAGUUCGACAAAUUGAGGCAAAGCAUGGAGUUGAUACCACCAAGAGUAGCGGGAUGGGCACUGGAUUUGCCUUCUGCAAUAUGGCCAUCGCGAUGGGCCAAUUUAUCGGGCCUCUGAUUGCUGGUGCAACCAAGUCCGAGCUUGGAUGGAGUGCUAUGACCCUGAUUUUGGGGACAUUUUCAUGCGGUGUCGGGCUUUUCUCAUUGAUUGUUAAUUAUUAA